AAUGCACCAGUAGUUUUUACCAUCCUUCUUCAUAACCACAUCUCAGCUAAGUACCUUGUCAUCUCUUGCUCAACCUUUUACACUACCAGAGUAUGCCUACUAAUCAGAGUGUUAGUAACUUUGAAGAUUUCUACGAGAAAUGGACUGCCCAGCAGAAACUUCACCUGGAUGCUCUUGUUGCAGCAUCAGAAACUCCACAAUCCAGUCAGAAUCCUAGUUAUGUAUGUGCUCUUGUCAAAUCUGUGGUUGAUCACUAUGAGGAGUACUAUCGAAUGAAAUCGCAUUGGGCCAAACAAGAUGUGAUUCUCAUGCUCUCUCCCACCUGGACUACCCCUCUGGAGCAGGCUUUCUGCUGGAUUGGAGGCUGGAGGCCUACCAUGGCUAUCCACCUCCUCUACUCCAAAUCCGGGUUGCAGCUCCAGGAGCGGAUAGUUGACGUGGCGCUGGGACUCGCUACGGGUGACCUGGCUGAUCUCAACUCUAGUCAGAUUGACCAGGUCGACAAGUUGCAGAGGAAGACCACUAUGGAGGAGAGGGAGAUAAGUGAGAAGAUGGCGAAGCAGCAAGGUAACGUGGCUGACUCGGAUAUGGUGGAGCUGACUCAUGAGUUGGAUGACGACGAGGAGAAAGUUGAGUCGAUUCUGAGGAGGAAGGAAGAAGGGUUGGAGAAAGUACUGGAGAGGGCGGAUGACUUGAGGCUGAGGACGUUGAAAGGGGUGAUCAAUAUCUUGACCCCGAGUCAGUCUCUUCACUUCUUGGUUGCUGCUGCUGAGUUGCACCUCAGGCUGCAUAACUGGGGAAAAGAAAGAGAGACCAAAGAGAGAGACCUGUCAGCUGCUUAGACGGAGCUUUAGCUAAUCUACCUAACUUGCCUGUUUACCUAUCUGUUCGUUUAUCUAUCUAUCUGCGCCUUCAUCCAUAUAUAUAAGCAAGCUAGCAUGCUCGAGGAAUCAAAAGGUACAAUGAAGCUAGACAUAUAGAUAUAAGCAAGCUAGGAUGCUCGAUGAAUCAAAAAGUACAAUGAAGCUAAGUAUAACAGCCUUGUGAGGAUUGCACGAAUAGCUAUAUUUAUGUUCUUAAAGUUUGUUACAGUAUCUCUCUCUACCAGGGGAGUUUGCUGUAAACCUCAGUACCUAUGCAUGUCAUUCCAAUGUUUUAUAUCUAUCCCAGUUCAGUUUCUUUAUCA